CUGUAGGUGACCCAUAUACCUUGUUCGAUUGUUUCAGCAGCCGGGUUGCGCUCGUCGUUUACAGCGCUUUGAUACGUUAUUUAAAAAAUACUUAUUUUGAUCAAUUUACAUUCAUUGCUUUAUAGUCUUAGUUUUACACGAUACACACCAUGGACGACAUCAAUGGAGAUAUCAUCCAGUGGAGAAAAUUGUGGCAGUUUGUUUCUGGCAUACACUACGGCACACCGAAUGCGGAUGUGAAAGAGAAACUAUUUCAAGUGUCCAAGGAACUGGUCGACGGUAUACUGCACUACAAAAAGCCAAGCAAAGCAUCGGAGCAAAAGCUGCAAAAGUUAAUCAAAGAUAGAAACCAGCUGAAGCUACAACCUUUCGCAAACAAAUUGCAUCAAUAUUUGGACAUUGAUGCCGUGCAAUCAUGGCAAAUACUGUGCUACUAUUUGGUGAACGAGUAUCGUGGGGCGGCCACCGCACUGGCCGAGUACAUUUCCACGGAAACAUCGAUGGUGAAACUGUUGCACGAUAUCUGGACAUACCACACGCUGGAACGAAUGGUGCAACUGAAGGUGAUGAAAAACAUGCUGGAAUACUUCCACUCGGGAACGCACCCAUACUCGAAGGAGUAUCGUGAGGUGGUGGAGCGAAUGGGUUUACCAGCGCUUAGAAAAUCAUACCUCACACAGCUAACGCACCUGAUCGCCGAUCCGCCAACUACGCAGAAAACUAUCCCCACCGAUAUUAUGCACGGCCAAACGAGGGUCGCUUGCGCUGAACGAAGGCUGCGGGAAACGAACGAAAUAUUGCAGAUUCUGUUGCUGAUUGUGCACUACAGUGGCAUUAGUCCGGAAGAGUUGGAACAACUGUUUAAACUAUUCCGUGAGCAUUCGUUCGGCAAGCAGCAGGAAUAUUUGGAUCCCGGAUCUGAGAUACAUUCUGAGCUGGUGAAGCGUAUUACCUACAACGAGCUAGCGCUUGUUUUCCGCACUCUCGAUCUGUCCGACAAGUUCGAUGAUGCCGACUGGAUCGAGCGCGUGGUGUCGGGGCUGGAUGGACCGAUGGUAUCGCUCCACCAAUUUCCCGAGCAUGGCCCUCUCCUGCUUGUGUGGAUGUUGUUCAACUUUCGUCUACAGCAUACGGUAGAGGAUGAGGAUACGACCAGACGCUACCAGCAGCUGGGAUCGCGAGCCAUCAAGCUGGGCGUGUUUGAAUAUCUGCACGCGAUCGUAUCGCAUCCAAUGUUCAAGGAUCAAAGCCUAACGGCACGCAUUGUACGGAAAUCCAUCUUUAAUCAUCUCGGGUUUUUGUGCCAACUGUUUGAUGCGGACGAAUCGAUCGCGCAUCAUAGCAACAUUUACGAUCUGCUUAGCGAGCUGCUCACCUCACCCACAAUCGCUACGGAGUUCUGCAAAUUAGAAGAUCACCCCAUUCGAGCACUCUUUAACAUCUGUCUGGAACAUUUUCCCGUCGAAUUUACACCACUAUCGAAGGUGGCGUACGCAUUGGCAACGGCGGGAUCAACGCAAAACAGUUACAUACAGGGGCUGUUGGAAAAGUUACCCGUCUACACGGAACUCUACACUGGUCGCAAUCAGUACGAAAUCCGGAAAGCAUCAACAUCGAACGAAGAUGAGUUCAUUCUGUGCCACGAUUACACACCUUCCACAAAGAUUAACUUCACCAUCGCCCGUGGAACGAAGUUGAUCGUGCGCGAUAUGCAAAAUCAGCGCACGUACGUCCACUUCAGCACCAGUUACAACUAUUUCAACGCGUUACACCACGAAAUUAACGAACUGCUUGAAGAUGCUCAAGCAACGAGCACCCUCAACUCGGAACGUGUGCAACGGAUUGCGGCCGGAUUAAAGUAUCUUGCCGUAGCCGUCAGACGCAUACAGCAACCGUACGACAUUAGCUCGGAGAUGGUGCACCCGACGGAGAUGGUUUUCGACGUGCUGCUCAAGUUCAAGGCCGUUCCGAAUCCACCGAUCGACUUGCUGGUGCAAUGCAUGAACGUAUGCACCGCUUUGGUGCCGCUGUUCGAGCAGGAAAUAUACACGCGCAUCAUCAAUCUAAACAUUCUUCCGUCGAUUAACAAUGCGAACCUUACCUACCAGGACUACGCCAACGGGGUAGGGUACGAUUCGAGCCUGGUCGGCUACUAUUUAAUGAAUGUGGAACGCAGUGCUGGCCGCUACCCGAUACUGAUGGCGUAUUUUAAUUUUCUCAAAACGUACACCAAGCUGGGCCGCGAUAAUGUGUUCGGCGUGGAGCUACCGGGCGCAAUAUUUUUGCUGCGUGAAGUAUUGCCGCACGCAAACAACUGGCGCUACGAAACUGGUUCCGAUCGGUACCGCGUGCUGGUAUCCGUCGUGCAGUACAUCUACGAAAUUCUGCAGCUAAGCGAAGAGAAGCUGGAAAGCGAUUAUGCGCGUCGCGUUCUGAGAGAUACGUGCGUGUACAGUUUGCUAAACCGCGACAAUGGUUUGGUGCUACUAAAGAUCGUUGGUCUCGGCAACGGAUACCUGCAGGCGGUGAUGGAGCGCGAAUCGAACUGGAUGCUCGUUCCCGAGCAGCAACUGAAUUUAAUGAUUCAGUACUCGAUGACGAUACUGAUGCAAAUACUGCGGCUAAAAAAGCAUAUUCACGAGUACGACCUAUCGCCACUGGAAUCUGCGAUUUACACGCAACCGAAGCAGCGGGAUACAUUACGCAUCAUUCCGAUGGUAACGGGAUACAUGAGCAACAUUUUUAACCCGCGACUGCCCAUCCUGUCCUGCCGCUUGCUGCGAAGAUUUGCGAUCGAAUUUCGUAUGUCCCUGUUAGCUUGCUUGGACAUGGAACCGGACCAGAUACGGCACACGUUCCUGGAACGAUUGCAUGACGAAAUUGAAAGUGACGAUUUGAAGCUGGCCGUGCUGGAGUUUGUUGAAUCGUGCGUUCACAAGCAGCCGGGACUGACUGAAGCGUUCUUUAAGGUGUACUACGGCAAACCGGACCGACGGUUGCUGAUGGCGAAGGAUGGUAGUGGGUCAACGGCCACAUCAGGCGGUAGUGGAAAAGGCGGUCGCCCAAAAACGAUGAUCAACGAUGGCAUACCGACGUACAUGGAAGAGUUCCUCGAAGCCAUUUCAAACGAUCCGGCCAAACUUGCCAGCCCGUUGCUGUCGCGCAUUAUGUCAUUGUUUCAUGCGCUUUGGAAAAACAACAUGCAAGCGCUUGUGAAGAGUCAGCUUCAGAAAACAAACUUCUGGUCAUCGCUCUGCAAUCCUCUGUUCAGCGACCAGAUAGCGAGCAAUAUGCGAUCGUACAGUCAACUGUUUAACAUCCUUGGGAUUGAGCUAUUUCGCGCUAAUUCAGCCGCUGGCAUUAAAAUGGACCCAGAGCUGGCAAAAGUAUUCGAACGAUUCACACAAACUUACGGCACGUUCUCGCGCUGGGUUGAUAUUGUGCUUGAUCUUCCGAAUGCUUCUACACGGCGCCACAAAGACAAAGAUGGCAGCGAGGGAAAUGCAAGCGUCAGCGGUGCUGGUAGUGAGGCAGAUCAAACGCCCGACUGGUUAGGACGGUUACAAUCGUUCAAGGAUCUGUUGGUACUAAUCGUGCGUAAAAAGGAGCCCGGCAUAUCUUUGCCCGAUCGUUGCAAAACGUAUCUUGCCGAACGUUUGCUAGCGGCUUUGGUCGAACGCAUCGAACAGACACAGGAUAUGCGGCCACUGAUUGUGCUCUCCGAAUUGUAUCUGAUCGUACUGUCCGAUUUUGACCACAAGUACACCGAGGACCCGAACAAGGAUGACGAGAUGUUGAUACGGGCGGAAAAGUUGCUUAGCUUGCUGGCUGUUUCUUACGGCGAUAUACAUCAGAGGGCCAAGGAAGCGCUGCUAGCAAUUGGGAUAAAAACGGUCGAAAUGCAGGCCGAUCGUUUGCUGCACAAUUGCACGAUUGCUGCGGAAAUAACGCGCUCGGCCGUCGACAUUGCUGGGGAGGAAAUAUAUGCCCUUGAAAUGGCAAUUCAGGCUCACGGUACGAAGGCAAAAACCGGAAGCGAUACGAACGAAGGCAAGCAGUACAAUUCGCUCCUGCUAGCCAUCAAUUUGCUGAAGCAAUUGACCACAAGUUUUGAUCAACCGGGGGCAGGCUCACCGUCGGUACAACCCAACUCCACACGGUGGGUUAGCUGGUUUGUUAAGGGAAAGCUUUUUCAACGUUUGCUCAGCAUCACGGGCACGGUGUUACCAGAAUAUGCGCGAAAGAAACUAGUUACUGAGCUUUUAAAUCUGUUGAUUUUGCUUGCCGAAAGCCAAUGCUCGGAAGAAUUGCUGUACAGUGACGUGGGAGACUAUCUGUGGUUGAAGCUGUUGCCACCGAAAGAAUUGCUGCAGCGUCCGUAUGUUAUGGCAAGCGAAACGCAACCACAAUGGCAAACGCAAGAUUGGUGGCCGAUUUACUCCAAAGGUAUACACUUGGUACGAGCGUUGCUGAGCAAACAUGGGUAUAGAUUUUUACGCGAUACUAUCUUCUUCGUUGGUAUUCAUGAGGAAUACCUGAUGGAUUCGCUUAUGCUUGCCAAACAAUCGCUCGAACCAAGCGCUUUCGUACUGAUCCUUGAAACGCUCGAACUGCUUUGCACGAUGGUACCGUACGAAAAGGAGUGGCGUCUCGAACAUAGCCAAAGUUUGCUGAACCUUAUGCGAUGUAUCCAGUUUCUUAUGGACCAUUGCAUCUCGCUACUGUACAGACCGAAGAUAUUGAAGCGUCUCACAACGGGAAUGGCGGACAGUGUUGGAUUUAUCGUGUCCGAUCUGGAGAUGGAUCCAAGCGCUAUCGAUACAUCCGACGAGCUGGUCGAUGCGAUGAACAAUCUUAUCGAGAUAGUAACCCUGUGCGGCAAAUGUUUGCUCUGCUUUAGUCCUCCGCUGUUGGCACUACUGUGCGAUGUCGAGUUUAUACCGAGCCAGUGGUGUCCACUGAUAGAGAUACAGUUUGGAGCGCCGAAACUUAGCACGGAUAAUUAUUCGCAGCUGAGCUUUGGGUCGUUGCUGCAAGCGGUUUGCAUCUUUACAAAGGUUCUAAAUUUGCAACACUAUAGUUUCAAUGAAACACCGCUGAAUGAAUUACCAGCUAAUGAAGAGCCGGAACAAGACGAUACAACGGAUGGUACACUUACUAUGGGACUUAUAUCACGAGCAAAUCGAUCGGCAUUAGGAGGAGCAACGUCUCCAGCAUCAACGUCGGAUGUGUCUCGUACCGGCAAAAGGGCACAAUUUGCAAAAACACUGUCAAUGACAAGCGUGUCCAGUUACACGUCCAACAAUGCCAUUACGCUUUCGAACGAGUUGCUCACACAUCUGGACAGUAAACGAUGUGUCUGUGCACUCGAGUACGUUCUAACGCUACUGACAUCGCAGAGUUUGUUUGCGCUGAAAGAUACGAACCUUUCCCAGCGCGAGAAGCAGCUAAUCAAGCGCGAACUAAGCUCGGAACUGCUGAUAUUCCAUGAUUUCGUGAAAAAGCGCGUACUGAAGGACGCAAAAUGCAUUCUAUCACGCAAAAAGCACGGCACAGUACCGAUUGUAAACGAUCCGUACGUUUCAGCUGACGAUGGAAGUAUGGAUGCGGACAUGUCAGAUCAUUCCACCAGCUCAACUUCCAGCGGUCGAUCGAAAGCUUCACAGCAAGCGAAAAAACAAACGAGCACAACUAAUGCACAACAUUCGAUGCGCAUUAACGUGGUGCGGAAAAUGCACUUACAGCAGCAACAACACCAAGGUGCCACUGAACAAUCUGCCACUGGGAGCGGUAAUGUAAUGAGCCCGAUUGCCGGCAGUGCCCAUGGUCAAGAUGUUGGCCGCAGUUCUUCAACACCGGUGCUGCGAGGCAUCCUUAAACCAUCGCCAUCUGCUUCCAUCAAACGAGUUAUGUUUGAUGAUGGGUUAAAUAAUGAAAAUGCCAAAAGCAUAGCUUACGUGGAACCAGAAGAUGAACCGAUAUUUUUCGAACCGCAAGAGCCACGCUUUACCGGUCUGUCGCAUGUACAGAUGGUGGAGGAAGAUUACAUUCAUCUCCUAUCGAACGUGUUGCUUAUGAUAGGACAAAGUGACAACUAAAGAAAAAAUGUGCAGAGCAUUGUGGCUUGUUGUAAAGAUUCUUUUUCGAAUAAAAUUUUGUAAAAUGCAUUCAGUA